UGGUGGAGGGCAUGCAGUCUCCCUGCCCCAGUCUGUCGUCAGGUUAGCUCUCCCCUCAGCUUGUCACCUGACCACAAGUCAUGCAAAUCACGCCUUUUCUAAAGCGCUAUUGGCCGCUUCCAGCUCAUUUAACCGCUGUCAAAGCGCAUCAUAUGGCCGCGCUCUAGCAACUUUUCUAUCCUGUCACAGAAAGUAGCUCAAGACGCUUUUCAUCGCAGUGGAUGGAAACAUUCAGUGAAAAGGGAAAGCUUAAGUGAUAAAACUUUGGAUUUUACUGCACCUUUGUCCUUUCCUUUGAGAGGGAGAUUUGCGCGUCGGUGGCAGCUGAACCUGACUGUGAUCGUAAGUGAAUGUUCUUGUGUAUUGGCGGACAAACAAAAACCGGGUGAAUGUAUAGCAUGAUGAUGGAAACGGACUUACACUCCCCAGGACCCCAAUCGAAUACAAAUUCGGGGCACACGGGGCCAAAUAAUGGGAGCAAAGUGAAUCAAGACCGCGUCAAGAGACCGAUGAACGCAUUUAUGGUUUGGUCCCGGGGCCAGCGGCGGAAGAUGGCACAAGAGAAUCCCAAAAUGCACAACUCUGAAAUUAGUAAAAGACUUGGCGCAGAGUGGAAACUCAUGUCAGAGGCAGAAAAGAGACCCUUUAUUGACGAGGCAAAAAGAUUACGUGCCAUGCACAUGAAAGAGCACCCGGAUUACAAGUACAGACCCAGAAGGAAGACCAAAACGCUCCUGAAAAAAGAUAAAUAUUCCUUAGCGAGCGGUCUUCUCGCCGGAUCCGGGAAUGGUGGUGUAGGUCUCGGGAUGAGCCCAGGUGGGGUCGGACAGAGGUUAGACAGUCCCGGGGGUCAUGCUGGUACCGCUAGCUAUGCACACAUGAACGGCUGGGCGAACGGUGCCUAUUCGGGCCAGGUGGCCGCAGCAGCAGCAGCCGCGGCGAUGAUGCAGGAAGCGCAGCUUGCAUACAGCCAGCACCCGGGUAAUGGGACGCACCACCACCACGGACACCACCAUCACCCUCACAACCCCCAGCCCAUGCACCGCUACGACAUGACUGCUCUUCAGUAUAGCCCCAUUUCCAACUCCCCGAGCUAUAUGAGCGCAUCGCCGUCGGGUUAUGGUGGGAUAUCCUACACACAGCACCAGAACUCCAGCGUGGCUUCCACGGGCGCCAUCGGCGCUCUGGGAUCUCUGGUGAAAUCGGAGCCAAGUUAUCACCAUCAAAGCCUAAGUCAAUGAGGAGCGUUGGAGGGAGUCUGGAUGCUGGCCCAAGGAGUGAGAGCAUCUGUGCUGGACACAACCCCAAUACACUGGACCUGCUCAACCAUUACACAGAUUUGAGACCUUGCUGUUAAGAUGAAAGAUGUGUGUUCAUAUGCAUGUACAACAUGAUGUUUGGAGGGCUUGCUGUUCUUACUGAAUAUGUGCUGGCAAUACGUCUGGAGCACUGGGCACACGCUUAGUGUUACCGGUACAAGGACAGAGGACUGUGCUGUUUCAUGUUGUGGUUGUCGUCCUGGGUAUUAAAGUCUCAGCUAAUUCUGUCAUUUUGUCUGCGCUGUAUCCAAAGCAGUCAAUUUGCUAAGUGUAUGUAGGCCCGAGCAACAGCCCCAGUUCAGAAGUCACUCCUGGGCCCCAGGCCUCACAUGCAGUAACACCGCCCCCUCUGGACUGGAGCAUGGGACAGGUACAGACUUAUAACUAACUCUUAGACAUUACCAUACCUAUGGCCAAUCAACAAAACUGAUGACUUUUGAGGGCUGUCUUCAAAAAAUAUCCGUGAAAGGUACCUAAGUAAAGAUAAGCAGGUCUUUUAAAUGUUUGGAUAUUUUCUUAGAUGUUGAUGGACCAGUCCAAUUAUGUGUAAAUACAGGCUUUUUGCAGCUCUUUGAUUGCUAGCCAUACUCUUUUCUGCUAUGACAUAAUUUGCUUUGUUGUUUUCUUCAAUAGCGCUCCAAUGACAUCAUUGUGUUGAAACUGAACAAAAGGCAUUGGGAAAAAAAGAAUAUGAGAGGUUCAGGAACGACCAUUACAUGAAUUGGAAAUAUUAUCCAGAGCAGGGAAAAGCUAUGAAUGUCUUUCUCCUAAUAAGUGUUUGCAUUUGAUCUGUAAUGUGGUGAUUAACUGUGUUGACUCUAUAGAACCUGCUGUUGUUCCUGUUUAAAUGGACCGAUAGGCUGCCAAGAUAAUCUGUAAACAUUUUUGUUGAGUGGUGGCACUCUCCUCUAAUUAGUGUGCUGGAUGCAAGAUUAGGCCUUGUAAUUAAUUGAUUAGACGUCUUGGGGCAUGGGUAUAUCAGUUCAAUCUAGACACACUGGUAUACCGGUCGAGCACAUCCCAUCCGAAUAGAAAAUCCAAGAUCUUGACAACAAACUGGAAAGUAAGGACUGUGGUGCACCAGGUUUCACCCUAUCACUUUUUCAACUCUUUUCUUUCUUUCUGUCUGAAGUCAGGUGUUUGGUGUGGCAUAUGUCAGCGUCUUACCUGUCUAGGCAUCCCGGCGUCCCUGCUGUCCUGGGAGUCAGCCAAGCGAUGUCAAUUAGCCGUAAGCCAAUGCCAUGACGCGCUCGGGCUGUACCAGGGCUACUGUAUCAUGUUCUGGCUCCCGCAGAGCGGGGCGCAUCUGCGCGGCACCAGGACGAGCGACACCGUUUACAUGGCUUCAACAGGCUCAUGUUCGGGCGUCUUUCUGAUGCGCCAUGAUAAACCCACACACUACAUACAAGCCAGAAAGGCGAGCCAGAACCCCCAGCUCCAGUUGCUCUCCCGCUAACAUCCCCUCCACACGGUUCCCCUGAUAUCACUCUCUCGUUUUGUCUCCACCACUCUCACAACAAACUCUCUCUUUCGGCCAUUUAUACAAUGUUUUUUCUCUGUAGAUGUCUUUGUUACAUUUUUUUCUCAUAUUCUGAAGAUUUGCCAUUGAUCGUUAUGUAGUGAGAUAAUUGUGGCAACUUUUGAUCUUCUUUGAUUAUAAAACUUGUACUUUGAGAACAAAAAAUGGGAUCUUAAAUAUAUUCUCUAUAGAUGUUUCAGUAGAAUUUAUUCCAUGUUUUUCCAUGUGAAAACAAAUAAUAGUUUUACAUAUGUUUUUUUGUUUUUCAAAUGAAGCAGUUUCAUAAAGCAUUUUCAUAAGGCACAUUUAAUUUGGUUUUUAGGUUCAAGUUUUGGAACUGCAAUAAAUCUUUCCUAUCCUC